CUUCUUCAGCUCGUCGACGUGGAAGUAAUGCUUAGCCCGCGUGUGAUGCCGAGCAAGGUAUCUCGAACGUCGAAGUUACCUUGACGGCGCGUGAACUCCGCGAUGAUCCGUCAGAUUCAAUGCCGACCAUUCUGAUCGUCGUCGAGGAAUGGACUGAAGACUCCCGCAAGCGCUGGCAAACCGUUGUGGAGGAUCUGAAGAGAUUUAUCGACAUCCUGCAAAGCUUCGUCCCAACCGCUGGGCAUAUGACAGCGAUCGCCCUCUUCAGUCUCGGGUUCGAUAAAUUUGGCGAUAACCCCAACACAGUUUAUAUCGCACUGGACUACGAGUCCCCCGAGGUUUCAUGGCCUCCUAUUCUCGCCAAAUUGCGAGAAUACAUCGACGGAUACGGCUUAGGCCUUCACGUGCACCUCGAGCACAACGUUAUACGACACUCCGCGUUCCAGUACGUCCCGCCGAAGCUGACGGAGGAAGAGACGCUGAGCAAAAUUCGGGACUACAACUAUCGCGUCAGGGAGUUAUAUACAACAAGAGUCCGUGCAGGAGCAGACAUUGGCGCUGCCCGCUACAUUGAUACCGAGGGUGGAAGAAAAUUCUGCCCCAUCGAGAUACAUCUGCGUGCGAAAAGAUGGAACAGCAAGCUCUUUGGCCUUUUGUUCGAACCCAUCGCCAUGCUCCUUGCAGAUGCGAUUGCAGUCCGCGUCGCCACAGGAGUUGCUGAUGAGUGGAAGCGGACGAGAUGGGGUGACAACGCGUAACGCCGUAUUCGAAAUAUCGAAUUUGCCGAUUGACCUUUCGGACUCUCCUGAGUCCUCCGCGCGUCGGGCUCUCUCUGCUCUCCAUUUGUCGGAGCUUGCAAGGGAGGGUGCGGUGGUGGGCGGCGUGUCCGUGUCCCAUUUUCCAACGGGGGAUGAGUCGGGAGCAGACAUUUUUGCUCUUAUCUCGUAGAAUUGAAAGAGAAGUGUGAAAAGGCCUGAGUUCAAAUCGGGUCCACGAUUUUGAGAGGAAGAGAGCGGGUGUCGGGUAGGAGGUUAAGGGAAGGAAGAGAAGGUAGGUACCUAACUUAUAUAGCCAUACCAGAGGGACCGUGCACGCGUGGC